CAACUUUCCGACGCCAGCGCAGAGUUUUGCCCUGAUCGCCGGGACCGCGUGAGUGUGCGGCGCCGAGGCCAUGCGGUGAGCGAGUCUUGUGAAGAAAGCCAUCUGAAGACGAUGCAUCCGUGACUGCUGAUACCAGCCUGUGAGCCGGGGCGAUGGAAGUUCUAGAGGGCCACCAGCGUACUGCUUCCGUGACCGUUCCCAAUGGAUAUGCCAACAAGAUUUUCCAAGCCAACAUGGAAGAAGGGAGCACUGAUGCCUUGGAGGCCUGUGGUGCUGAGCACUGCACCUCCAGUGACGCAGUCCCCAGUGAGCAGGAGGAGACACACAGGUAUAAGAAGACAACCAAGGGCAACCGGAUCUGGAAUUUCGUCAGACGAAGGAAGGGACUCUCUACGAAUAAAGACAGACCCCAGUCCAUGAUCCUGCUGGGAGUUACCUCGGAGGUCUCAGAAUUAAAAAAGCCAUCCUUCAUGGACAGGGUACGGUCAUCAAAAAAGGGAAGAUCCUCCAGGAUGCCCAAGAACGUGGAUUUGAGGGCAUCCAGAGUGCAGGAYGUGUGUGACCCUGAGGACGACCUCCAUUCCAGCGGGCAGAGAGCUGUCUACAGGGUUAAGAAGCUGGGUGGUGAUGGUCGGAGGCCCUCCCGCCACUCCUACGCAGGGUACAUCGAGGAUUUGGACUCUUCCUUUGAGGACAUAGAGCUGAACAUCAGCAUUCCUGAACUUGAUGCCACUGAAAGUAAAUGUCUCAGGGAUAUCAGUGRCAGAUUACACGGUGAGGAUAAUGAUGGUAACUGCCAGAGAACACCAGCCAGGAAGAGCGAGUCUUUGAAUUUUGAACACGUGAAGAGUUCUGCAAUUACAGAAGGGGACAAUCAAAAGAGGUGUGCUGUGCUCCCACAGGAGAGCAGGAGAGGAAGGAGCUCUGAUGUCUGGAGCUAUCUGAAAGGCAUUUCUUUAGCUAACAAAGAUAAUUCAAAGCUCCCAGAUCAAAGGGCUGAAACCAAUUUCCAGAACUUAGAAAAUACAACUGAUCAUUCYGCUUCUUACUUUGACUUUGAUACGAGAUGUGAGGAGAAUCUCGGCCAGCGGAAAAAAUCAAACGGUGCCACCAAAGCCACUCACUUUGGGGGUGUUGUGAGGUUCUUAACCAGCGUGGCCGAGGCGGCUCGGCGGCUGCGAGGCUCCUCAAGGGCGUUUUCCCCCGAUGAGAAGAGGCCUCAGCGGAGUUUCCGAGGCCGGAGGCAGGAUGUUGCCUCCCCCAAAGAGGGCUUGGUUAUCGAGAACGAGAGCGCAAAGGCCUUCUGCACRGUGGGAGCGUGUCUGCAGUCCCCGGAUUCGGGCACCUGGGAGAACCUGAGCUUUGAGAGUUUAGCAGGGAAGGAGCCCGUGCAGCAUUGCAAAACCAGAGAAGGGGCGAGGGAGAUCGGUUCCUCUGGCCUGGACAGUGGGAAUGGCAGGCUGAAUGAAACCUUGCUUUCUCCCUUUGGGCCGGAACCACCCAUGUCCCACCUGGCUGAGCUUGCWGAUGGCUCUUUCACUGAGCUGAAUAGCAAAGAGCUCUCUGAGGAUCUGACUGAACUUCCACAGACGACUCUGACUGAACCGAGUCAGGACUUGGGCAGUACUCCAGAGAAGACCCAGGUCAUGGCCGGGGGCCUGCCACCUUCUCAYGAUCUGCCCGGGAAUAGUCUGGAUACUGUGGACCUGGGCCAUUCUCCAGCUGCCAGUGGGGACUUUUCUGCAGAAACUGAAGUGCAGACCCACCUUUCCCAGGCAUYGCAAACUAAACUUGAUACUGAGGAUGUGGCUUGUGCUCCAGUGRUUGCUAAAGACAUGGAUCCAUCUCCAGCGGUUGCUCAGGAGCUUUCAAAGACAGAACUGCAUAAUCAGGACUUGAGAAAUCCUGAGCUGCUUUUGCAAAACUUGUCUGGAGAUGAGCUGGAGUCUCAAGACAAUGGCAGUACCCUGGAGAGGGUUGUGGGCAGGGACCUGCCACCUUCUCCUCAUAUUCUUGUCAAUGAUCUGGAUGCUGCAGACCUGAGCUGUUCUCCAGUUGCUGCAGGUGACUCUCCUGCAGUGACUGAGGCUCGGACCCACCUUCCACAGACAUCACUGAGAAAACUUGGUGCUGAGGACGUGGUUUGUGCCCCAGUGAUUGCUAAAGACGYGGAUCCAUCUGCAGCUGUGGCUCAGAAACUUUCAAACACAGAACUGGAUAAUCAGGGCUUGAGAAAUCCUGAGCUGCCUUUGCAAGACUUGUCRGSAGGUGAGCUGGGGAUUCAGGACUCRGGCAGUGCUCCAGAGAUGUCCCAGGCUGUGGGCACGGAUGUGCCACCUACUCCUCAUCUUCCUGUGAAUGAGCAGGAUACUGUGGACUCGAACCAUUCCCCAGCUGCCAGUGGAGACUGCCCUGCAGCCCCUGAGGCUCUGAUCCACCUUCCAGAGGCAGCUCUGACUGAAGAGAUUCAAGACACUGUCAGUACUCUGGAGAAGAGUCAGGUCAYGGGCAGGGACCUGCCUCCUUCUCAYGACAUUCCUGAGAAUAUUCUGGAUGCUGCGGAUGUGGGCGGUUCCGCAGUUGCCGACGUUGACUUUUCUGUUGUGACUUUUUUGAAAUGUUCCACAGUGAAAAGACAGGGUUUGGAACAGCCUGAUGGCCACGUUAAAAAGCGGGGAGCCACUUCAUUUGUGGAACAAAACUCCGAGGAGGCCAUGGACAGAGUGGAAGAGUUUAACUGCAACAUGGAGUGUAGGCCCUUCCAAGUGCAUGUCUCGAGGAUUGUCUCCUCCGGACGGCUCAAAAAUGGAAAGCCGACAUCUCAUCCUUCCCAGCCGUCCCCACAAGCUGCACCCUUCAAGACCCUGGUGGAGCGGUGCCGCUCUGAGCCGCUGUCGCAGAGCACCCCGAUGGGGCUGGACCAGGUGGGAGGGCGCAUGCAGCACCUGCUCCGGAGACGUGCUGAGAACCAACAGGCUUCAAAGACCCUGAAGGUGCGCGGGAACUGCAGGAACGGUGGCCGUCGAUGGAACCUCUUCAAGCCUGGAGCUGAGAAGCUGCAGAUCAGUAGGCUGAUCAGUGGUGGCUCCAUUGUCAGUGCUGAGGCAGUAUGGGAUCACGUCACCAUGGCCAACCGGGAGUUGGCGUUUAAAGCAGGAGACGUCAUCAAGGUCCUGGAUGCUUCCAACAAGGACUGGUGGUGGGGUCAGAUCGACGACGAGGAAGGAUGGUUUCCCGCCAGCUUUGUGAGGCUCUGGGUGAACCAGGAGGAUGGYGUGGAGGAGGGAACCAGCGAGGUGCAGAACGGCCACUUGGACCCCAGCGCCGACUGCCUGUGCCUGGGCAGGACCGUGCAGAACCGCGACCAGAUGAGAGCCAACGUCAUCAAUGAGAUCAUGAGCACCGAGCGCCACUACAUCAAACACCUCAAGGACAUCUGCGAGGGUUACCUAAAGCAGUGCCGGAAGAGGAGGGACAUGUUCAGUGAUGAGCAGCUGAAAAUCAUCUUUGGGAACAUCGAAGACAUCUACAGAUUUCAGAUGGGAUUUGUCCGGGACUUGGAGAAGCAGUACAACAACGAGGAYCCCCAUCUCAGUGAGAUUGGGCCAUGUUUCCUGGAACACCAAGAUGGCUUCUGGAUCUACUCGGAGUACUGUAACAACCACCUGGACGCGUGCAUGGAGCUCUCCAAGCUGAUGAAGGACAGCAGGUACCAGCACUUCUUCGAGGCGUGCCGCCUGCUGCAGCAGAUGAUCGACAUCGCCAUCGACGGCUUCCUGCUGACGCCCGUGCAGAAGAUCUGCAAGUACCCCCUGCAGCUGGCAGAGCUGCUCAAGUACACGGCCCAGGAGCACAGUGACUACAGGUACGUGGCUGCUGCCCUGGCCGUCAUGAGGAACGUGACUCUCCAGAUCAACGAGCGCAAGCGGCGGCUGGAGAACAUCGACAAGAUAGCUCAGUGGCAGGCCUCUGUCCUGGACUGGGAGGGAGACGACAUCUUGGACCGCAGCUCGGAGCUGAUCUACACGGGAGAGAUGUCCUGGAUUUACCAGCCUUACGGACGGAACCAGCAGCGAGUUUUCUUUCUCUUUGAUCACCAGAUGGUUCUCUGCAAGAAGGAUCUGAUCCGAAGGGAUAUCCUGUAUUACAAAGGGCGCAUAGACAUGGAUAAAUACGAAGUGGUGGAUAUAGAAGAUGGGAGAGAUGAUGACUUCAAUGUCAGCAUGAAGAAUGCCUUCAAACUGCAUAACAAGGAGACUGAGGAAAUGCACUUAUUCUUUGCCAAGAAACUGGAGGAGAAGUUACGAUGGCUUAGAGCUUUCAGAGAAGAAAGGAAGAUGGUAAAAGAAGAUGAAAAGAUAGGCUUUGAAAUUUCUGAGAAUCAAAAGCGGCAAGCGGCAAUGACAGUAAAGAAAGUCAGUAAGCAAAAAGGUGUGAGCUACUCCAAGUCGGUUCCUCCAGCCUACCCACCACCCCAGGAUCCAUUAAAUCAGGGACAAUACAUGGUGACAGAUGGCAUAUCCCAGUCCCAGGUCUUCGAGUUCACCGAACCCAGACGCAGCCAGGCACCAUUCUGGCAAAACUUCAGCAGAGAGUGAGAAUGAGACAUCCAUAAUUUUUAUGAGAAGAUGCUUCCUAAAUAUUCAGCACUAGGAAAAAAGAAACACCACCGCCACACCAUUAUUUGCAUCAUAAAUCAAGAUCUGACAAGGCCACUUGUUGGACUCGCAGCUUCUUUGUUAAGUGGGAAGCCCACCCGGGGCAGCGCCGCUGGUGCUGGCGCUGGCACAGCGGCUGCAGGGACGAGGGGCUUGGCUCUCGGGCCUUCAAGAAAGCUCUUGCCCUCCAUAAAUUGCCAAGGUGCUGCAGGAGAUGGAGCAUUGGCACAAAGAAGAACCAGCACUGGGUCCCACUGAGCACCUGCUGUGGCUUUCCCAGUAGGGAGCAGGGCUGGAGCGUGUGUGUGACAGCGCUGGGAGCAGUGCCCGUGCAGAUGGGGGUGACUUGACUGAGCAUCUGAUACAGACUUUCAUUCCAAUGCCAGACAGGAGGAACCCACUUCCCAUUCCAUAUGCAGAAACAAGAGAGUUGUGACAAAYGUACAUGUUUACGGGAUUUCUCUGGCUGAACCUAUAUAUAUAUAUAUAAAGAAUAAAAAGAAACCCUCUUCCCUAGGUAAAUGACAUGCAUUACCCCUUAACCUAGACACUAGAACAGAGGAUCUAAAUUCAAGACUUUCGCCUCCCCACCCUCUCCAAAAAAAGUCAAACAAGAACCAACCUAGGUGCAUCUAACAGUUGUAAAUAGAAAAUACUACAUAGAGAAAUAUAUUUGAAAUUUGUUUCAGUUUCUGGAUGGGCACCAGCCGUCCAUUGCAAAUGUUAUUGAUAGUACACUGUGGUGCUUUGGGUUUCUGGUUUUGUUCUCUUUAUGCUCUGUCAUCUUUUCAUUGCAGCUACAUUUCAGGGAACAUGUAUAUUUAGUAGCUAUUGUAAGUUCUGCAUGGCAUCACCAAGCUUAUUUUUCCUUAAGAAGAAAAGAAGAGUCUGUAGGAGCUUAAAGGCACUAUGACGACAGGGACUUGUAGCAGAGAAUUUAAAAAAA